GACGAACGACCACGAACGACGGUGCCGAUCGGAGACGUCUUGUGCCUUCGCGCCAAGUUUUGUUAAAAAGAGGAUCGCGUCUCGUUUCUCGGUUCACUUUUACUUUGACAAAAACUUUCUUCACUUUCUCUCACUCACACGCAAUCACGCACGAUUACACAUUAUAAAAAAAGGAUUCACGCUACAUUUAGGAUCACGUGACUCACCGUCUCCUAGCAACUUUGAACGAUAUAAAAUCUGUGAAGGGCUCACUGACCACUGUAGAUCUCACAUUUUCUAUAUUGUCGCAAUUGUCGUACGUUCUGUUAUUGCUCGACUUAAGUACGAUGCACACACACGCUGCGAAAGUUAAGUUUCUCCAAAUACGCAACGAGUACGUGUAUUCUCGAACUGUCGUAUCAUCGUCGCAUCGCAGGCUACCGCUACGGCGUUAUGCGUAAAAAUAAGGUCGUAACGGAAACAUUGAAAACUAUGCGAAUGUUUAUGAAACAUGAGACGAACCCUCGCUGCUUUAUCAGGAAUUGGGUAAAGCUAGGUACUAUGGCUCGAUGCAGUAUCACGUAUUGCGAUCCUUAUCAAUUCAACCACCACAAUUUUGUUGUACCACGGAAUAAUCGUACACAAACGUGUUACAGGUACUAUGUCACUACAACAGCAAGCUUCUUCUGUACCUGCUUAGGUCUGUUCGCGCUCGCGAUACUGUACGAGAGCAUGAAGAUUUUACAAAUCAAACUAAAACAGAACACCGUACCGCAAAGUACAAGCGUAUCGGAGGGCUCCUGUUUGUUGUCUAAAAUACUGACGAGAUCCAUUGGGCCGAAUGCUUCUAUAGAGGGUAUAAGAUGGCCUGCGUGGUGCUUCCAAGUAUUUCACUGGUCUAUACACACAUUUCUGAGCUACCUUUUAAUGUUAGCUGUAAUGACGUAUAACGUAUACGUAAACGUUGCUAUUGUGCUGGGAGGAUGCCUGGGAUAUUGGAUAUUCGGACCCAGACUCAUAGAACUCAACAUGAAGCAGUUUCAUGACAAACAGAGAUUGUUAGAUUGUGAUAAGGAAUGUGCAGAACACAUAAUGAACGAAGAGAGGCGUGGAUCGACAAUUUCUAUCGUUGCCGAGCAACUGGUUACAGAGACCACUGUUGAAGUUCACGUACCAGGUACUAUUUGAAAAGCCUUACACGAACGACAACGAGUUUGUACUCGAGCAGUGUAUACACCCGAUUACUUCCUGUACGACUAUGUAGUUUUUGUAUAUGUCACUACAAUACACGUAUUUUUUCAACGAAAAA